AUGCAGAAUUGCACCGGACAAUUUAGGUCCUUUUUUAAAAGCGGAUUACACUAUGGUCUUAGUAGAAGCCGAGGUCUUGGAUUCAGGUUGCCAAGGUCCAAUUUUUCAUCGUUGACAUAUUCGAAGGAAGUAUCGAAUGCUCUCUCAAAUGGACUUCCUUUAGUUGCUUUAGAAUCCACCAUUAUCACACAUGGAAUGCCCUAUCCUGAGAACCAGAAGAUGGCAUUGGAAGUCGAAAAUGCUGUUAGGAAGUCUGGCGCUGUGCCCGCUACAAUUGCCAUAAUUGACGGAAAGUGUACAAUAGGUUUGGAAGAAUUAGAAUUGCAACGUUUGGCCAAGAUUGGUCCACUUGCUCGAAAAGUAUCUCGUAGAGAUCUGAGCUAUAUUACGUCUCAGAAGCUGAAUGGCGGAACCACAGUUGCUUCAACCAUGAUUUUAGCUGAAAAGGCUGGCAUUGAUGUUUUUGCAACUGGUGGAAUCGGCGGAGUUCACAGAGGUGCUGAAACUACAAUGGACAUCUCGGCAGAUUUGAUCGAGUUAGGACGCACCAGAGUGGGUGUUGUGUGUGCUGGCGUUAAAAGCAUUUUGGAUAUUGGCAAAACGCUAGAAGUAUUAGAAACACAAGGUGUUCCCGUAGUAACUCUUGGACCCAAAAAUUCCUCCUUUCCUGCUUUUUUUUCUCGAGAAUCUUCUUUCAAAAGUCCAAUGUGUCUGGAAUCUCCCGAAGAAGUUGCGGCUUUGCUUUACCAAAACAUGAAACUUAAUCUACAGUGUGGUACCCUUAUUGCAGUUCCUACUCCAAAAAAAUGCUCUAUAAGCUAUCCAGAAAUGGAAUCCUUCAUCGAUUUAUCUUUAAGGAAAUGCGAAGAACAAAGGAUUUUUGGAAAAGACGUUACUCCCUUUCUUCUUGGCCAACUGUUCCACUUGACCAAAGGAAAGAGUUUAAGCACGAAUAUCGACUUAGUCUUAAACAAUGCAAGAAAUGCCGCUUCUAUUUCUUCAUCCUUGGUUUCACAUAAGCAGAAAAGUUCUUUUGUCCCCCAAUAUAAAUCAAACACAGCUUGUUUGGGGCCUUUUUCGAAAAACGCCGCUUUGUUUUCGCCUGAGACAAGGGAAAGUUUAGGAUCCAAAAACCCGAAGGUGAUCGCAAUUGGUAGUGUAUCAGUUGAUUCGGUACUUACACUCGAAGGUGAACAUUCUUCCGAACUAUUGGGUACUUCAUAUCCUUGUCGUACAGUGCAAAGUUUUGGCGGAGUAGCCCAUAAUAUUGCAAUGGCUUCUUCGUUGAUGGGAGUUCCUACCAAACUGAUUAGCUGCAUAGGUAGUGACUCAGUACCUACGACAGCCAUUCAAAGUUAUCUUGGUAAAUCUGAAAUACAGUAUAAGUUAAUUGAGAAACAAGACUUCUCGUCUUGUUCAUAUACUGCAGUCAAUAAUCGUCAAGGAAGUCUCCUUCUAGCAGGUGCUGACAUGUCAAUUAUGGAACAAUUGGCUUAUAAAGAUCUUGAAAAAGCUCUCGAUGAUUCGGAUUAUAUUUGUUUUGAUGGAAAUAUUUCUUCGUCCCUGAUGCAUGAUAUUGCACUUCAUAAAAGAGGCGGUCAAAAAAUUAUAUUCGAACCGACCAGUGGUCCUAAAUGCGUAAAGAUAAUGGAUACGUUUGAAAACUCUUCCAUCGAUUAUAUCACACCAAAUCUGUAUGAGUUGAAUAUAUUAUUUGAAGCUAUAAAGCAGCGAGGUUUAUGUGAUAUGGACAAAUGGUGGGCAACUAUUAAUUCAUAUGGAAUAACUUCUUCUUUUUAUACACAGAUUGAAAGAUUGUCAAAAGCAGCUGACUUCAAAGACCUGACAGAGAAUGGAAUUCUACAAAAGUGUCUACAUAUACUUCCAUUUGUUAAAAAUAUAAUUGUUAAAUUGGGUUCUAAAGGAACGUUAUUGGUAAGCUCCGAUGAAGUUAAGGGGCUUUCAAUAAAUUCGAGCAGUCUUUGUACGCCUGGCAAGGUACUCAUAAAGUAUUACCCUGCCCCGAGUGUAAUUAAAAAUUGCGUUAACGCAAGUGGUACAGGAGAUACAUUUGUUGGAGUUCUGACUGCAUUAAUAUCUCGAAAUAAGGGAAUGGACGACGCGAUAAACAUUGCUCAAAAAGCAGCGGGUAUGAGCUUACAAAGUAACGCAUCAGUUAGCGAAGAAAUCAAAUGCCUUGUGAAUGAAUAA